AGAUGGCGGCUGUCGAGGCGGAGGCGGCGGCCCCUCGCCGCGGCCGGAGGAUGGCGCGGGCGGCGGUGUGGGUCCUCCGCGGGGCGCUCUUGUGCGGCCUGGCGCCGGGUUCAGGCUGGUGCAACUCGGUGGAGAAGAAAAUCUAUAUCCCGCUGAACAGAACAGCCCCCUGCGUCCGCCUGCUGAACGCCACCCAUCAAAUCGGCUGCCAGUCCUCUCUGAACGGGGACACCGGAGUAAUUCACGUAGCGGAGGAGGAGGCUGACCUGAAGUGGGUGCUGUCGGAUGGGCCGCAUCCCCCUUACAUGGUACUGCUCGAUGGGAAGCUUUUUACAGGAAGCGUGAUGGAGAAACUGAAGGGCAGCUCUCGGAUUGCGGGGUUGGCAGUGGGCAUCUCCAAGACCAGGCCCCCCGAAGGCUUCUCUCCCGGUUUGCAGUGUCCCAAUGAUGGCUUCGGGGUCUACAACAGCAGCUACGGCCCCGAAUAUGCCCACUGCAGCACGACCAGGUGGAAUUACCUUGGGAACAGCCUCUCCUACCUGGACUUUGGCUUCCCCAUCUUCCUUCUUCAGGAUGAAAACGAAACGGAGGUUAUUAAGCAGUGCUAUCAGAAGUACAACAUCCCUGCCAGCGGCUCGGUCCCCAAAUACCCGCUCUGUGCCAUGCAGCUCUCCUCCCACAUGCAUGCUGUGACCAGCACCGUCACCUGCAUGCGGCGCAGCACCAUUCAGAUCACCUUCAGCCUCAACCCAGAAGUCCUCUGCGAUCCCCUCGCGGAUUAUAACGUGUGGAGCACGGUGCGGCCGGUCAAUGAUUCGGAGAAGCUGGACCCUAAAAGCGUCGUCAUUGCUUCCUCUCGAAUUGACAGCCACUCUUUCUUCUGGAACGUGGCCCCCGGGGCCGAGAGCGCAGUGGCGUCCUUCGUCACUCUCUUAGCUGCAGCUGAAGCCGUCCAUAAAAUCCCCGACGUUCAGUCGCUCCCCAAAAACAUCAUGUUUGUCUUCUUCCAGGGGGAGACCUUUGACUACAUCGGCAGCUCCCGCAUGGUGUACGAUAUGCAGAAUGACAGAUUUCCCAUCAAGCUGGGAAACAUCGAUUCCUUCCUGGAGCUGAGCCAGGUUGCGCUCCAGAGCAACGCCUCUCUGUGGAUGCACACCGACCCGGUCUCUCGGAGGAGCCACGAUAUCGAGCAAAGCGUCCAGAGGAUGAUGGAGGCCUUGAACAAGAGCAGCGAACGGACCGCCGUGGUGAUGAGCAGAAUUGGGGCCACCCAGCCGCUCCCACCAUCCUCCUUCCAGCGGUUCCUGAGGGCCCAGCAGAUCCCCGGGGUAGUCCUGGCUGACCACUAUUCCCACUUUGAGAACAGGUACUACCAGAGCAUCUACGACACCUCGGAGAACAUCCGGCUGAAGUACCCUGCGGGGCUGAGCCCAGAGGAGGCCCUGAAUUACGUGACGGAAACAGCAAAGGCCUUAGCCCCAAUAGCCACCGUGGUGGCCCGCACGCUCUACCAGCUUGCAGGAGGAAGUGGCGACCCCUUCUCGAUUCAGGCGGAUCCGCUCACGGUCACACGGAUGUUGUACGGCUUCCUGGUCCAGUCCAACAACUCCUGGUUCCAGUCCAUCACUAAGCCAGAUUUCAAAGGGCCUCUGGGUGAUGAGCCCCUGCAGUACUACAUCGCUGUGUCCAGUCCGGUCAACUCCACCAGUCUCGUUCAGUACGUCUUGGCCAACCUCACCGGUACCCGCCUUGGAGACAACGUCACCAAGGAGCAUUGCAAAGCCUCCAAGGAAGAUUUGUAUGACUACAUGUGGGUGCAGGGCUCUCCGUACCCCAAUUCCACCUCUCCCCGCAAGCCGUUCUGCGUCAGGUCAACUGUCCGCCGCAUGCUGGCGGCCUCCCCGGCCUUUGAGCUCGGAGAGUGGGGAUCCACCGAGUUUUCCACGUGGACCGAGAGUAGCUGGAAAAAGCUUCAUGGCCGGAUCUUCCUGGUUGCCAGCAAAGAGCUGGAGAUCACCACCCUGGUCGUGGGCAUUAUUGUCCUGAUCGUCUCGUUCGUUGCCACCUACUUCAUCAACGCCAAAGCCAGUGUGCUUUUUUCUACUCCAGUGGCCUAUUGAAAAUGGCCUCGGGAACUCUGGCACUGAGAACCAGACAAGAAAGAAAAUGAAUGAAUUUGGCACUGCCGGACCCUUUCUGUGACUGCUGUGGCGGGUGGAAGCGAAAGGAGCGCGAUCACCCCCACUGAGAGAAGCGUUGCGCGUGUACCAAAAGGCAAAGCUGGCACGCCCGGAUUGAUCUGGGGGGAGGGCUUGGUUGGGAGGGCUGCCCUCCUUUUUCACGGCAGCCCAGAUCGAAUGGGGCGCAUAGCACACGGGUCUCAGCACGCUCUUGUGAGAGGUUGAGGGUUGGCUACCAAGAAGACUCUCUGCAGAGCAUCCGCGGAUCUCCUAUCUUUUAGGUCUCCCUUUAAUUUUGAAGAUCCAGAUGAAUUACAUAUAUCGAGGUGAAAAAACGGACACGGGAAAGUUGGAAAGGGGGAAUGGGUGCAAAGUAUCCUUUUUUUAAAAAAGGGGGGUUCUUUUUUGUACAUAGGAUAUAAACAGCUUGUUUUAUUUAAAAACAGCCAGCACCCUUACUUACAGAUUAAAUUUGUUGAUUCC